AGACUACUUUUUAAUGUUUAUAAUUUUUAUUCAUAUUUUAUAUUAUAAGUUCUUUGUAGUUAUUUUACACAACCUAUCACAUUAAAAAGCACUUCUAAUAGUUUUACGGUCAAACACUCAACUGCUAUUUUUGAAAAGCACUUAUCUAAAAGCUCUAGUUAAAAGCUGCUUCUGCAAAAACUACAACAGGGCCAAACUAAACUAUAAGAGGAUAUCGUUGGAUUGUUUAUCUAACAUGUUAAUCAAACAACUUCUCCCAAUUUAAAUCUAUUUGGUUUUAGAAUUGUUGAAAGUUGAAACCAUAGAGUCACAUGAGUAUUAGAAGUGGAAGAAUAUUGUCCCUCAAAAGUAUUGCUUUAACAAUUAUGUAGAAGUCUCAAUUCGGAAGUUUGAGUUUCAAAUUCAUUUAGUAAUACUUAACAAUAAAAACACAUCUAUAUCACCUAAAUUAAGAAGAAUUCCGCACAAAUCUUCACUUUCAUCAUUGACUUGCUCAAUUUUCACGAUCUUUUAUUUGCGCUUCAUAGUCUUGGAUGAUGGGAAAGUAUUUAUCCAAAAAGGCUUAGAUUGAAAAUGAAAACGAAAACAUCGCAAGACGAAUAAAAACACCUAAAACUUCCUAAUUCUCCAUAGUAUCAUAGAUGUUGCAAAACCUCUUAAAAUGAGCAUGUGGGGUCAUUUAUGCUCACUGAAAAAAAAAAGAUCAACAACUAAUUGUUAAAUUAUUAUAUGUUACCUAUCAAAAUUACAUUCAGUUAUUAAAAUUUUAAAUUGCUACGAUACUCACAUAUUUUUAUAAUUUACUUAAAUUGAUUGGACUCCAAUACGACAAUUGAAACUAACACCAUUUGUUUGACCAUCUCAAUGUGUUAGACUAGUUUGACAACCUUGCCUCUGUCCCAACCAUGGUUGUCAAACUGGUUUCCUGUCCGUCGGUUCAACCGGUACCGGUCACCAAACCAACCGGAAAGGGGCAGGUAUUUAAGUGUGAUCAAAUCCGGUCAGAUCUGGUCAAAUUCGGAAAUUCCGACCGGCUAGACCAGAAACUGGAAUUCGAUGUUACACACAUUAUAUCCAAAAAUAAACACCUUCCAUAAGAUUUGAUAUAAUAGGCUACAAUCAACUUUGUUGUAUACAUUAAUCUUAUAUAUUAUAUAUCUAAUACUAAAUUUUACACAAAUCAUUAUAAACAAUAAUAAAAUUCAUUUUAUAUACUUUUAUUUUAAGCUCCUAAUUCUUAGCUGUAAAUAAUUUUGUGUGAAAUAAUUCUUCUAAUUGUUUUUUCAUGACUAAUUUAUUUGGAAUCGAGAAUUUCCAUUUUUCUCAUGUAUUUUAUUAAAACCGGCAUAACCAGCAUGAAUACUGGUUAUACCACUAUCGGACCAUUCCACCUGUAAAAUCGACACACCGGCAUAUACCGGUUUGACAACCUUGGUCCCAAUUGAUUACGUGUCUAAUAUCUUCUUACCAAAAAAAGAUUACGUGUCUAAAGUCUAAACUAGGAGCGAGUUGUGUCCGGGUGAGUCCUUGCCGAUUCCGCCACCCGCCAAAAGAAAGCGCCACCCUUUCCGCAACCGCUGCACUUCUCUCUUCUUCCAGUUCCUCCAGCUGCUGUCGCCGGCUCCCGUUUCUAGGGUUUCUGCGGAGGAAGAAAUGGAGCCCGUCGUCGGCAAAAUCAAAGACUUAAAGAAGUCAACUCAAGACUUCUUCGAUGGCCUCUUCGUCUUCGACAAUCGUGCCAAGUCUUCCCGCCGCAAUCCGAUUGAGAUCCUCAAGCGAUUACAGCGGGAAUCAUUCACUGACCUAAUGAAGCUCAGAGAGAGGCAGGACAAGCUCGAGCGAACGGUCUCUUUCCAGAAAAUCGCCAAGGGAAAUCCAUUUCAAAACUCAGUUGGUACUCAUGUAAGGGGAGAGAUCGAUGCCCUAGGUGCUAUACUGCUUAUGGGCAGCAACUUCGAUCAGUUUGAUCACCACGACUCUCUUGGCCUUGGGAAGAAUGGUGGCAUUAGAUCGAAGAUAUCCUUUGAGGCUCCCAUACGGGAGAAUGAUAAACUCAUAGCAGAGUUUGGCACGGGAGGUAGCAACGGUGGUGAUAUUUUGGGGAGCACGACGCUUUGUCUGUCGAAAUUAUUAUUCAUGUCAAACAUUCGUGACUGGUUAUCAGCUACUGUAAUGCCGGUUGGAGCUCAGUUCAGGCAUCUGGGGUUCACUAUGGAUUCUUCAAAUCAGAUAAAGGGCUUGACAGAGCUUUCAGCAAUCGGUCCUCCUCUCAUGAAUGAACAUAGUGGUUCAGCCAUCGGUUUCACAGUGAAAAAGUCGAAUCUCGUGGCUUCUUUUUCUGGUUCCCUAUCCGGACUUCGGAAAUCAGACCUAUAUUCAUCAGAGAAGUACUUCAGCACAUUUGGCCAAAUUGCAUGCCAACUACCAAAAGGAUUGAAGCUCUCAGUCUCGGGGGUCCACAAACGGCCUAAAUCUUCUCGCUACUUUGUCAACCGAGGAGCUCUCACGAUCCCUGUGGCCAUUUUGAAUCCACACCCAAAUGCUCCUCACGACCCGGUCUUUGAACCACUGGAGACAAACCUAUUUGAACUGACCCCAACGGGGUCCAUUGCUGUGAAGUUGGAGAGCCAGGUUGAUGAAGACACGAGGAUGGAGGGUUGGAUGCAGAUGAAUAACUCGAACGGGUCGAGCAUCGUGCAAUGGGGAUUGAGUAGGAUUGAUGAUUCAGAGGAUGAGCAUGGAUGGGGGAUCAGUGUUGGCGGGGAGAGGGAUAACAGCGGAAUUAGGUCGAACAGGUUUCGAGCAGAGGCGUACCUGAAGUUCAACGUUGGGAAGAAGUUCUGCUUGAAGCCAGGGAUUGCUUGUGCAGGGGAUGGUGAUUCCAGGAUGUGUGGGUUGAUGUUUAGGUCUAAUUGGUCGUUCUGAUAUAUAACUUCACUUGUCUAAUUUAUGGAUGUAAGUUGUAACUGUAAGAGACCGAUUGCUACAGUGGCUAGGUGAAAUGGUGAGUCAUGCAAACAUACACAGUGAUCUAUUUACAUUCCGAAUUAGGUUGAAUCAAAACGACCUGUUGAAACGUGCCUAAAGGUCAUAUAUUCCCAUAAAGACGUAAUUUCCAACUGUCAUAUAUUCAACGUGUUCUUCACUCCCUCCAUUUUCGCUCCUUCCCUUUUACUCUCUUGCUACUGUUAUUUCUACUAAAAAGUACAAACAGUAUUUUCUCCUAAAAUGUAGGCGUCUCCUAAGUGUUACUUAAACAUGCUAGGUAAAGCCCCAAGCGCCUUCUUGAACCUUGCAUGAUACACUUUCUUUAUUUACUUUCAUCAUUUCAAAUUUACUCAAUUCGUAUGUUUCGCGUGAGCUCCUUUUAUAAUCAUCUAUAUUUUUUGUAUAGAUUUAAUGGUUUAAAUGGUCUAAAUUGGAACCCGUAUUUUAGUUAUUUUUUAAACUUCCUAGUCAUUCAAUUAUAUUUUUCCAUAUGAUAUAUUAUUUCUCUUCUAUUUUUCAGUUCUCUUAUUAUUCUUAAUCGGAUCAUAUUUCUAACGUUUCAUUUCAAAUACAAAUAUUUGAUAAAGAAUAAUAAGGUUUUAAUAUAUGUUAAAAUAAAAAAUUUAGUAGACAUGAUAAUGUAUUCACGAUCAUGUUCCUAUUCCAAAAAUUUACUAAACUAUACCAAAUAUCAUCCAAUCCUAUAACACAAUAAUAACUUUCAUGCCCUACCAUAAUUCACAAGGCACGUUCCUAUUCUAGCUUAGUUUGGCCCUGCUGUAGCUUUUGCAGAAGCAGCUUCUGACUGAAGUUUUUAGAUAAGUACUUUUCAAAAAAAGUAGUUUAGUGUUUGGCUGUAAAACUAUUAGAAGUGCUUUUUAAUAUGAGCGGUUGUGUAAAAUGACUAUAAAGGACUUAUAAUAUAAAAUAAAAAUAAAAAUUCUAAACAAUAAAAAGUAGUCAAAAUGGAUCUUGUUAGAUUUCUUUUAUAUUAAAUAAUAUGAUUUUAUAAUUUAUUUUAUUUUUAAAAUGAUAUAAAUGAAGGAAAAUUAUAUUUUCUGAAAUAAAAUUAAAAUAUGGUAAGGAUAAUCUUGUAUUUUCAAAAAAGCUUUUUGCAGAAGUUUCAAAUCGGAGCUUCUGCUUUUAUGUUAUACAAAAGCGCUUUUCGGUUUUUCAAAAGCCAAGCUUUUAGAGGUGUUUGGCCCUGCUUCAGCUUUUGAAGCCGAAAAGCACUUCUAAAAGCCGGGCCAAACAUAGGCUCUGUAAAAUUAGUCACUUAUAUCAAACAUCUUUAAUUUCUAUAUAAUUCUAAGAGCAUCCACAUUGGUAUUGCAAUUUCAAUUACAAGAUGAUAUGAUAUGAGUGUUUACAAUUGCAAAAUAAAUUGAAUUGAUGUGACUACCGAUUGUAUAUUUGUAAGCUUGCAACAUAUGCAAUUGUAUAUGCAACAUGCAUGACACGACACGAAAACUGACGAGUCAUGUCAAGCACGACACGAAAUAAAUUGGCCUGAGGCAU